GAGCGCUGAGGCGGGCGGAGCGCUGAGGGCGCCGGGCGCCAUGGCGGGCCCGCUGCUGCAGGGCUGUGGGAUGGCGGCGGCCUUGCGGAGCCGCGCUGCUCUCCGCCCGCUGGGGCUGCUGGUCCCGCCGAGCCGCGGGGUGGCCGGGCCGGGGCCGGGGCACGGGGAGGCGGCGCUGGAGGAGAAUCCCUUCUACGGGAAGUACCGACACAAGAUCCAGGAGCUGCAGAGAUCCAGUCCAGAUGUGUUUGAAUCCCGUAUGGAAAAAAGAACUGAAGCGAAAAAGCAGCCUGUGGGAUACUCCAAGCAAGGAGAAUUUAUCAGAUGCAUGGAGGAAAAGGCAAAAGGCUUGGGCUCAAAGACAUCUAAGGGAGGAUUCACAAAAGACAAGACACUCGAUUCAAUUCUGAAUGUCGAGAUGGUGAAAGAAAAGUCAGCAGAGGAGAUAAAACAGAUUUGGAAUCAGUAUUUUUCUGCAAAAGAUACGGUUUAUGCUGUUAUUCCUGCAGAGAAGUUUGAUUUAAUAUGGAAGAGAGCCCAGAAGUGUCCAUCGUUUCUAUAUGCUUUGCCAAGAAAAGAAGGCUACGAGUUCUUUGUGGGGCAGUGGUCAGGAACAGAAUUGCACUUCACUUCCCUAAUAAACAUUCAGACGCAAGGCGAAACUGCCCCUAGCCAGUUGGUCCUGUACCAUUUUCCUGAUCUACAGAAGGAAAAAGGGAUAGUCUUAAUGACAGCAGAAAUGGACUCCAAGUUCUUGGUGGUGCACGAGGCACAGUGCUUGGCAAAUCAGGUGCAGCUUUUCUAUGCAACGGAUCGUUCCGAGACCUACAAACUAGUGGAGACCUUCAACCACAGAUCUACUGAAUUUAAAUAUAUGUCAGUUAUAGCAGAGCUUGAGCAAAGCGGGCUUGGAAGAGAACUGAGACUUGGUUAGGUUUCUGAUAAGUCAUAGAGCUAACCUGCAGGUGAAGCGAGCCAGCAGCAGUGAGGGUUCCCUACAUGGGGUGGUCCUGUCCCUUCUGGUUUACAGAUUUGGUUUGGCUACAGAAAGGAUAUGGAGACAUCCUGAGAGUGUCAAGCCUGUCUGGCACUCAUGCAAGAUGAGGACUUGGGCCAUUUGAAUAACAGUAAUUGCCAAAAUGGAGCCUUGUAACUUCAUCAGAACAAGCCAUUUUCCCGUCCUCUGACUUACUGCUGCAUGCUGUAUGUUUGAAAUCUGAAGUAAAGUGACAGAAGGGGAGCUGUGUAAUGGACUACACUGACAUCAGGAGAGAGCCAACAACCAAUGUUUCUUCUCAGUAAAUGCAUUUUAAAUGCCCUCUGCCAUUAUAAUUGCAUGGUCCAGUGCUUUUUAAUCUGUGUGGAAUUUAUACAGGCUUGUCCGUCAAGAAAAGAGAGUAGGACUGAUGGUCCAACACAAAUGCCUCUUUGUUGGUUUGUGAAGUUCCUUACACAGAUGUGUACUGUGGCCUGUGUUCUUCUCAGGAUUAAAAAAUAGAGUGACUAGAU